AUUGAUCUAGACAAAUCACCGUUUAACACGUUAUGAAAUAUGCGAUCCACAUUGCUCCCAUGAUGAUUUAUGUCUUUUAUUUCAUUUUAUUAGGAGAUUAUUUUGUUCACCUAUAUCUCUAACAAAGUCAUCACAAAUUCACAAUUGAUAUCUAACAUUCUUACCAUUUUGUUAAUUUCAAGUGAAUUCUAGUUUUACCAACCAACCAUUAUAUGACGAAGUGUUUCAGUUUAACGGAAACAAGAAACCGUUGCCACCGGUCAAAAUUCACAGGUUCGGGUCUCCGUUCCACAACAACAGACUUAAAAGACGGAACAAUAAUGCAUUGCUGGGUACCCAAAACCCGAACCGAAUCAAAACCAAGCCUACUCCUAAUCCACGGCAUCGGACCCAACGCACUAUGGCAAUGGGGUAACUUCAUCCGCAACUUAACAAAAUUCUUCAACGUGUACGUACCGGAUCUCAUUUUCUUCGGCGGGUCAUACACAACCCGACCCGAAAGAACGGAAGGGUUUCAAGCGGAAUGUGUUAUGAGAGUGAUGAAAGAAAUGAAGUGUGUGAGGAGUGUGAGUGUGGUUGGGUUGAGUUAUGGUGGGUUUGUAGCGUAUGAUUUGGCUGUGAAGUAUGAGGAGUUUGUGGAGAGGGUUGUGGUGUGUGGGUCAGGGGUGAGUUUGGAAGAGAAAGAUAUAAAAGAAGGGCUUUUUCUUGUUUCUGAUUUGGAUGAAGCUGCUCAAAUUUUGGUGCCUCAAACGCCACAAAGGCUUAGAGAACUUGUUGAGUAUACUUUUUCUAAAGCUUCUCUUGUGGCUUGGUUGCCCUCUUGCUUCCUCCUUGAUUUCAUUCAUGCAAUGUGCAGGGACUAUGUACAAGAAAAGAGAGAAUUGAUCCGAGCCCUUGCUAAGGACAGAAAUUUUUCUGACCUCCCUAAGAUAUCUCAGCCUACAUUAAUUAUUUGGGGAGAACAUGAUCAACUAUUCCCUUUAGAACUUGGUCACAGAUUGAAAAGGCAUUUAGGUGACAAUGCUCAAAUAGUGGUGAUCAAGAACACAGGGCAUGCAUUCUGUGCGGAAAAGGCUAAGGAGUUCUAUAGUAUCUUGAAGUCUUUUCUCGUGGAUUCAUAGCCACUAGCAGAGAGCUCACCUUGCAAGUUUCAAAACAUUGAUCCACUGUGAGAUCAAAUACCAAAGGAAACAGAAAAUAUGGGGGCGAUGGACAUGUCUUUUACAGUCUUUUUCCGGCCUCAUUGUCUCUCGCUUAAUUCGAGGCUUGGAUCUUCUCAAUUCAUUCACUCUUUAAAUCUUUCGUAAAUUCUUAAUCACACUUAAAUAUGUUUUUGGUCACUAUAAUAUAAGAUGACUUUGAUUUUAGUCAUUGCAAAACAAUUUUCUUUUUAAUUGACUUUCAAAUUACUUUUAAUUUGAUCCCUCCCUUUAUUUUGUUACUUAUAUGGACUGAAAAUGCUGAGAUGUGACUAAUGGUUAGACUCAUUAAUGAAGGUUUGAGUUUAUGACAAAGCUUUGGGUUUCUCUAGAAUAGUUGGGUUUGUUUUGGUUUCCUCAAGUAAAGUAUUAUGAAUUUGUUCAA